ACAGAUGCACGAGCAGGACAGUGAAGUGUUGAGUACAGUCAGUCAGUGCGGCUAAAUGUUUUGCUCCGACGAAAGGAAUGAUUAAACGGGACGAAGAUACACACAGCAAGUGAAUGAAUCUUAAGGACGUGUUCAUAUUUUUGGAUAAGAGAGUUUUCGCUUAGUUCGUCUGUACUUAAACGCUCGGAGAGCGCGAAACACGGUGCCUCACGUCCCUGAGGAUUGCAGUGGAUUUCCCCUCAUUUCUAUUAUCUCGACGCUUCGUUUGGAAGUGAACAUAUUGUCUCAGAGAGGAAGUGUGAAACAGACUUCUGAAAGUGUCACGUUUGCCAUCAGCUGGAAGGGAGACCAUUUACAGGUACAUAUGGGCCAGGGAGAGGCAUCAGCAAGAGGCACAAGGAUGGAGGGGGACUGUCUCAGUUGCAUCAAGUACCUCAUGUUCAUCUUCAACUUCUUCAUUUUUCUCGGAGGUGCGUUCCUGCUUGGGGUGGGUAUCUGGGUGCUGGUGGAUCCAACAGGUUUCCGGGAGAUUGUGGCAGCCAACCCACUACUGUUUACUGGUGUCUAUGCAAUUUUGAUCAUGGGCGGGAUGCUGUUCCUCCUGGGCUUUCUGGGCUGCUGUGGAGCCAUACGGGAAAACAAAUGUCUUCUACUGUUUUUCUUCAUGCUUAUACUCAUCAUAUUCCUGGCAGAGCUGGCGGUGGCCAUUCUAGCCUUCAUAUUCCGUGAGCAUCUCACCAGAGAUUACUUCACCAAGGAGCUGAAGACACAUUACCAAGGCAGCAAUAGCACUGAUGUAUUUACCUCCACAUGGAAUGCCUUUAUGACCACAUUUGAUUGUUGUGGGGUGAACAGUGCAGAGGACUUUGAUGAUCAGAGCCUCUUCAGACGGCUGAACCCUAGCAGACUGGUGCCGGAGGUCUGUUGCCAGAGGAACGAUCUGAUGAUGAGCAAGGAGGAGUGUCUUAAGGGAAUCAUGCCAGUCCGUAACAAGGGCUGUUAUUCAGCGGUGGUCGACUAUUUCGAGACGUACAUCUAUAUGGCUGGAGCUCUUGCUAUUGUGGUGCUGACUAUUGAACUCUUUGCCAUGGUGUUUGCUAUGUGUUUGUUUAAAGGAAUUCAGUAAUCAAGACAUGGUGUGCCUGCAUAAGGACUUUUCGAGGAGAAGGAAAAUGGCAUUGCAUAGAAGACCAUUUUUAAAGAAGUGAAACACUUAUAUUUUGUCAUCUCUGUGUUAAGUUGGAAUGACUGAGAACUGCCAAAAAUGGUUUGUACUUCACAGCUGGGACUUGUGAAAAGUAAGGGUCAAAUUCAUAAGGGGCGGUGUCUUUAGUAGCCCUUUAACGAUAAUAGAGGGACACCUUGCACUGAUAUGAUUGUAUAUUUACAGCUGACAAGACGGAUUUGUAAAUAUUUUACCUUUUGUCUAGAUUGUUCACCGCUGACCCAGAGCCAUGUUAAAAAAUCUAUACACAGUGUGAAUGAGUGUGUUUGUGUGUGUGUUCGAGUCUGCAGGACAAAGAGAGGAAUGGUUUGUGUGUGUCUGUGUUUCUGUAUAAAAUCUCAGAGACAAGCAGCUUCUAUAAAGUAAUGUUUUUUGUGUUGCAACCGGUAAUAUUUUAUGUGAUUUUAGCAAAAAUGUGUUACAUGUAUUUGUGUAGUAUCUGUUGUACUGUAACUACACAUGACAUUGUCAUUGAUAUAAAAAAAUUCACAUCACCUGCAUGAACAAUUCUUCAUUUUCUAGAAAGACAUUUUUUAACAUUCAUUAGUAAUCACUGAAUAAAAUAAAAUAAUAAUAAUAAUAAUAAGUCUAAGGAUAAUGGCUUAUCAGGUUUUUGCACCAAGAUACUCAUAUAUACAGAUG